AUGCCAGCUGUCAUCAGAGCAUGCAUUAUCUGCCACAAGAGAAAGGUGAAAUGCGAUCUGGAGAAACAGCAGCCAUGUAGCAACUGCGUCAAAGCAAAGGCCGAGUGCCUCCCAUUCACCCGCAAACGGAAGAGAAUCACCAACAGCUUGUCCCCCUCCCGGGAGGACCCGCGCACCGCAUACAGUCCCGCCGCUGCCAUCUCCGCUGAAAAAAGCUACAGCGGCCGCAGCGAGUAUCUCAGCGGGAGUGUCCCCUUUGACGAGACCCUGGUCCAGUCCGGCCAAGAUGCCCUCGACACCGACAAUCACGAGGACAUGCAGCUGUUCCAGCACCAGCGGGUGUUUGAUCUCCCACCCAAGCCCGUCCAGGACCAUCUCAUCGACUGCUUCAUGCGGUACUGUGCGCCAUGGACGCCGAUCAUUGAGCCGGAAUGGUUAACCGCGGAGUCCCCCUCACCACUAUUGUUGCAGGCCGUCUUGCUAGCGGGGAGUCGAGUGUCUGCGCCAUCCGAGGACGUUUCGAGCAAAGACUUUUACCGCAAGGCGAAGCUGCUCUACUUCUUCGGAAGCGGCAACAAUUCGCUUAUUUCCAUUGUGUCGGCGUGCUUGCUCCACUGGUAUAACCCCGUCGGACCGGAGAAGGUCUCAACCGACACGAGCGGGUUCUGGAUCCGCACGGCCGGCGCUAUGGCCUUUCAGAUCGGAUUGCACAAGGAGCCUGCCGCGAAUGCAAAGGACCGGGGGCUGCGGAGGAGGCUCUGGUGGGCAUUAGUCGUCCGCGAUAAUAUCAUCUCCGCCGGCACCGGACGCCCGCGGACCAUCAACCUCAGCGACAGCGAUGUCCUCCCACCCAGCGUAGACGACUUUGACAUCCAAAACGACAAGUCCCAGCUUUUUGUGGCGUACACGGCGAUCUGCCUGCUGCUGGGCGACGCAGUCGAGGGCUGUCUCCGCAAGACCAUGUCCCUGGAUAGCCGCAGCCAGCUCGAAAACGCUCUCUACCGUUGGAUCAACCAGUCCCUCCCUUCGCUCCGCGCCGCAGCACCGCCCGACACUAUCUCCUCGACGCACGAGUUCGAAGUCAACCAGCUGCUCGUCGUCUACCUCGCCAUUCUGAUCAUCCUGCACCGCUCGCCCACACCCAACAGCGUCCCGUCUGCUGCGUCCCUCGUCGCCGCGUCCUGCAUAGCAGGUAUCUUCGAGGUCUUCCACCAAAAGAACCAACUGCAGUAUCUCGGUCCGAUCUUCGCGCUGUACGGGCUCAGCGCUGGGCUGUCGCUGCUCUCGGCGUAUCGAUACGAGCCGCUCAAGGAGACAGCCGAGUAUGAGUUGUCCACUAUCAAGCUGUGUCUGCAGACGCUGUCGAAGCGCUGGCGCUCGGCGGUGGGCCCGAUCCGGGCGUUGGACAGGUUGACGGAGCAGGUGCGGCGACAGCCCUUGUUUGAGGGGGGUGUGCCGAGUCUGGGCCCUGGGUUGGUGGAUUUCUUUAAUGGGAUUGAUCGGCGGCUUUGUCGGCAGUGGGGGGUCAUACAGGGGGGGAUAGUUGCUAGUCAGGUCUCGAGUCUGGAGACGGAAAAGCGUGAUGUGAUGCCGUUUGAUGGGUAUAUGGAUAUCUUGGAUCAGAACUGGGAGGGGUCGGGCUUUGACUGGAGCGGGUCCUGGUUGUUGGAUAUUUGA